AUAUAAAAAAAGCAAAAAUUGUUUUUUUAAUAUAAAACUAAAGAAUGUAUUUUUUGCUUCCACAUAUGUAAGCCAAUAUGUUAAAGUUUAUACGUUUUAAAAAGAAAUAACUAAUUAAAAUAAAAAAUUAACAAAGUUAAAAGUUAUAACUCUACCUAAGUUACUAUUCUAAAAAACAUUAUUGUAUUCAGUUAUUAAUUUAUUACAUUGCCAUAACUUUAUAAACAUAUAUGUUGUGCUUUAUACACAUGUAUGAAAACAUUACUGAAUUCAGUCAAUUGUUACAUUGUUUAUAAUUACCAUGUGCUUUAAAUGCUUUAUCAGAGUUUUUAAUUGAUAAAAUUGGUAGAUUAUUACAAAUUUUAGCCAUUUUAGAAUCAUUUGAUCUUAUCUGUGAUGCGAUUGCGCACAUCGAAAUCUUCAAAUUGCACCCUAUAUAGAGAUAAGUACGCGUUUCCUCGACUUAUUUUCUGCCUUUCAGCAUGGUAACAAAGGUGAGGAAGGUGGAAUUGCACCGGCGAGUCCACCGUGUCCGACGUGUGCGCAGUGAAACGAACGGAGCGAACUGCAACGGGCUUGCUUGCACCCCAUCGAGUGACUGUACGGAGGGUGGGUGGUAGGUAGUUCUACUGGCCUGGCGUCGUUCUCGCCGCCGACGUCGCGCCGUAACACCGACGUUCACGUCUCGUCGUGCUAUCGACUCAAACGAGAGGGAUGUAAAACGCAUAUGUUAUCAAUCGCGACAUGAAAACACAACUCGUGACGUAUACCUGACGUGGGGGAUCGAUGUUUAACAACGAGUCACCUGUGGAGAACGGACGCGAGAAAAGGGAAUGAAUUGGUGCGUUUCUUAAGCUAAGAAUAUUACUGUAGAGAACGGCAAUCUUAAAAAAAAAGACUCACACACGCAUACACACAUACAUACGCGCGCGCGCGUACACACACGUACAAAAUAUAUAUAGACGUAUAAACAUAAGCGGGGUGGAAGCGUGUAUUAUAAAACGUGGAAUCGAUACUCACGAUGAGAAGCACUGCAGAGUGAAAACGUGAACCAUAACAUUUUAAAUAGAGAAGGGAGUGUGUGGAUGCUCGUGCGAAUAAAGUGAAUUAUGUGAUGGAUGCAGCUUAAACAACGUGUUGUCGUCGAAGGGUGAAUCUGGGUCAUCAUGAAUGGAUCUCUCGACGAAUAGAAAGAAGAGUUCUCUACGAAAUAAGAUUUUUCAUUCUACCGAAGAAACGGACGACAGUUUGAAUCGUCAGGGUGUGGAUGCAAUUGAGUAUAUCGGAACUGCAUUUAUGUGCACUCAGCACAUUGGAACUGCAUUAGGUCUUCGAAGUGUGUUUUGAUCGAAGAGAGCGACGCUCCCACCUGAUGGGAUGCUCGGAAAACUUUGUGCCCCAAGAUUAAAUAAUCCUUUCUAAAGUAAUAAUAUAAGUGCACAAGAUAUACACGUAGAAAGGCAAUGAUAUACGAGUACUUAAUUACAUUUAUUAAUUGCUAUCACAAUAAUAAUUACAUUUAUACGUAAUAACAUUAAUUACCACGUCUAAUCGUGAUGUAUCGUAUAAGUGGCGCGGGAUAAUCAACGGAGAAAUUAAAAACGAAAAAAUUAACAGCGAAAAUUUGACCAAGACAGAUGCGACGUCCAUGAUGACGUUUGUCGCGUCGAGGUAGCGAUUCCUCUGUCUCAUCCUCCAGGUACAAGGACAGAUUAGUGAUUAGUAUCGGUGGUAUACUAAUGUAGCCCUCAGAGUUGAUGACGUCAAGGUGCGAGAGAGACACGUAGACGUGAAAAGAGGCUGGGCAACGAAAGUGGAUACGGCAAAAUUUCCCAAAGGACGAGAAAUAAAUUUCCCAAAGGAAAGAGGCAUCGGCGAUCGUGUUACGGAGAUAAAGAGUGAGAAAUAAGCUCUCGUGGCGAUCAUAACAUAAAGCUUUCCUGAUCAUUGUGAGUUAAAGAGGGCAUGCAUCAGCUGUUCUUGAAGGAAUCUUUUUUUCGGGAAAUAAGGACCGUGAGACAAUUCUUCAUUCAUUAUUUCAUAAAAUUGGAAUAAGGUUUCUCCUAGGUUUUUAAAAUAUUUUCAACCUUAUCUCUUACAUAUUUAAAAAAAAAGUGAACACUGUGAUAUUUUAAAGAAUGCUAAUAAGCUUUGUCUGAAAAGAGAAAAAAAAACGAUCGAUCCUGCAUUUUUCGAGAAACAUUCUUUCCUUCACAGUUUUCACAGAUAUCUUCAGAUCCUUUUUAUAUUUAAGUACACGACACAACUGCAGAAUUUUUUUUUCUUAAGAAGAGAAUCUUUGAGCCGAACGUAUUGAUUUUUCACUUGAAAGACUUCAAACUAGCUCGAUAAAUAGGGCGGAUACUUAAGAGACAACUGAAGAGAGAUAAAUUAAAAUAAAUCUCAGGAGGGGAGAGAAAGAGAGAGAGGAAAGAGGGAUGGAGAGAAAGAGUAAAGCGUUCUAAAGGGUUGCAAUAUAUCGAAUGGGGUUGGUGUAAAAAGGGCAAGAAAGUCGAGAAAGAGAGGUCGACACGGGUGACGUUCUCUCGAUUGAGAAAUAGAGAUAUCGCAGGAGAAGCAGCGUCGCAGGUUGAUACACACAAAGUGGGGACGUUGUGGAAAUGGGUCAAGAGUUUCUCAGCGAUGGCAGUGUGGCAGCUUCUAGUUAACGUGUCCUGUGUUGAAUUGUGCGACAAAUCGGUACGCGCGCUAUAUCAAACGCUAUAAGUGCGGAUUAAUAGAGGCGGAUUCUCUCUUAGACGGGAAAGUUGCAGAUCCCGACAGUGCUGUUGAUGCAACUUCGGUCAAAUCGCCCAGCCGUCUUUUUUUCUUGCGAUUUGACAAUUAUAACUAACAAAAUUAAACUUAUAAGUGAUGCGAGCUACACUCACCUUUUCUUUAUUUCAUCGACGAUAAGAAAAUGUAAAUUAUUCAGAGAUUUAUUUUCUAUUCCUCUGGACUGCACUGGAACUUCCCUUCUCGCUUUCGUUAAACUUCAAACAUAUACCUAUUUCACUUUAAGUGUAUACUAGUCCGUUUAUACAAAUAGACAUCUCUAAUUUUGAGAGCAAAGAAUUUGAAAGAAGUGCACCGAUGCCAAAGAACUAGUUGAUGCGAUUCAACGAAUGCGAGAUCAUCGAAAGUACAACGAGAAUCACAACGAGGAAUGCAAGAUUCGAUGUAUCGCCUAAAAGAUGCAUUGUUUAUCGCGAUAGAACCGUAUCCGGUCAUCGUCCACGUGCUAAAAAUCGCGAGUCGUCGAUGUGAUUAUUGUGUCGUCGCCGCCGCCGUUUCUCUCGAGGAGACAUAGGUAUCUCCUCUUGGACUGACAAAUCAAUCAUUUUUUAUGGUUUACGCAUUACACAGAGUCACAGAGUCAGCAACCACGGGGAUCGCUUGGCUCCACAACAUCACCGCUCAAGCAUUAUCUUUAAUCGCAUAGAGCGCCGGCCAUGGAGAUUAGGUGGUGUUAUAAAACUUUACACGCGAGCGCGCAUAAAGAUUGAUCGAUUGUGUCCGAUCCGACUUGCCCUACUCUCUCGGUGCCUAUGUAACAUAUUACGAUGAUCACAUAAAGCUUUACUUUCACCGCCAUCAAAAGGGAGAACUAUGAAAUUCGGCCUAUUAGCAUAAGAGAGAGUUCACGCACGUAAAACAGUUUUGUCCACGUUUGCGUAAUAGCCAUCAUUAUUCAUAAGGUGACAUGAGUAGCAGUGGCGGAUUGGGCGUCGGCGUCGGCGUCGCCGGCGGCCCGACCCUCGCGGCUGCUCAGCAAGGUCAAGGGGUGGCCGCCCUCAUGGUGAUGCUCGCAGUUCUGUGCUUCAUCUUCGCGUAUUGCUGUUGGGGUGCGCCCUUUUGUCGAUCCCUAUGUCGACGGCAUUGCUGUUGUCGUUUGGAGGAUCCCGAUCCGGACUCACGAUACGGCAGCAGUGAUCAAGCCAUGGUGGCGACCCCGACGAUCAUCCUGCUGCCGCAUGGUAGAAUGCUUGUCGUCGACGGCACGAUUUUCACUCAGUUCCAAACUGAUCCUACAGGUUUAGACUUAGUGGAGCUUGGCGAUAGCGUGUUGCGCGCUCAGAGAAACCCGCGAAGCGUAAAUCGUCACCAGUUACAGGGUAGUCAAGGCAGUAUCCUCGAAAUGGAUGCUGAGACACCUAGCAAGGACAGCUUAGGUUCUGUCGGGUGUUUUCCACCGCCCACCUACGAAAGUAUUUACGGCAAAGAGGAAACCGACAUGCCUCCCUCUUAUUCCGACAUUCUUUUGCAUAGAUUCGCCAAUCUACCACAUGACAUCGAUAUGCACGGCUACUGCCGCGACAGCAAGGAGGAAAUCGAGAUGCAGAGCCUGGACGGCUGUCCGCAUAUCAUUGGUAAUCCGUUAAACUCGAUGCCUGGGUAUCAUCCUUACGCCACGGUGACAAGUCUGUCUAGCCUGCAGAGCUACCCGCGACGGAACGUUUCGCGCAAUCCGUCCAUCAUCAGCAAUCCACUGGACAAUUUUUACGUGGACAACGAGCUCAGUCUCUAUCGGCUCAGUAGGGAGACGAUGCCGCGGGUUUCCAGUAAUGACGCAAACCUCGAGACCUUCCGCGUCUCUCACGACGAGAUGUCGUUCCGCGUACCGCUCGACGAAAACGAGAACCAACGGCACACGAACCGUAACAAUUAUCAGGUCGCCAGCAAUGAACUGAUGAAUUCGAGAAAUCGCGCCCGAAGCGCUUCCAGGCUGAGCCAGGACAGCCGUAGGAGUUCAUUGAAUCGCGACGGAGAUCAACAUCAGAUUUUCGUCAGGUUGCCCGAUCCCGAAGAGAUCGAGGCGGCGCGAGAGAUACGUAUCGAUGAGGCUCAUCGACCUCGAGCGUAUCGCGAGGAUCAGAACAUCAGAAAUCUGCACCUAGACCAUCCUCAACUGCAGGACGAAAUCAAUCGCAACAUCGUGGACGAUGAUGAUCCCAGGUACUUCGCGAGGAACAGGAGACUGGAGAAUGAGGACAGAAAUCAAGACGAACCUGAGGGAAUUCAAUAUACCGACGAGGAGGCUAACAACUUCGGCGCGCUUGCCGACAUUCGCGAAAGCAGAGUGUAAUCUAGACUUUUAACUGUGCAUAAACCGAAUAUUAUUAAGUGCUUUAAAAGUACGUAGAAAAAUUUGAUUUGAUUCUUUCAAAUAAGAUACAGUUAAAUUUGAAGAAAUACGUAUAUUUGCAGUUGCAAAACAUAAUUUUUUAAUCUUCAUUUUUUAUUAGGAGCUUGUUAAAAAAGUCAUAACAUUUUAAUUUGUUGUGCUUGUAAUUAUGAUGUUAAUAACUUUUUUUAAUUUUAUGGAAAAGAGAAUUGAUUCAUGCCCUUUAUACUAUGUGAUUUUGAUAAGUAUUACAUGAUGUUCCGAGCGACAGAUAAAAUCGCGUAACAAGUAGAAAUUGUGAUAAAUUUCUACAAUAAGUUGUUAGGAUUCAAUUAUGUUGAUACACAAACAAGUUGAUAUUCAGAAUUAAAAAUUAUAGAAAAAAAUCGAGUCGAGAAAAGUUACAAGAUAAAUAUUGCAUUAUGCAGAAAAUAAAAGAUGUUAAUAACUAUAUAUGUAUAUAUAUAUGUGACAAUAUAAUUAUACGUGACAGUCUAGUGAAAGUCGUACACAUUCACAUACAAAUACACACAAACACACAUACACAUGCAACAUAUUUUUGACAGAUCAUACAGUAUGAAAUUGAACAACGAGUUUUUUCAACGGAAUCUUGAAAGUAUAGCGUUACGUAAGGCAAUCAGAAAGAAAAGAAUAAACGUAAAAAUAAUCACAAGUUCUUUUGAGACAUGCUAGACGACGAAAAAUACUAAACAGUUUUUAUUCUCUUAUUAAGUAAUGCAGAUAAAGUUUAUAGUCGUGCGUUAAAUUAUGUUAAUUACAUAACCGAAAUCUUUCCUGAUAAAAAAAAUAUUAAUCGCAAGAAAUUAGUGAAAGCUGAGCAAUUUUCAAUGGAAAUGUGAGUUUAUAUGUGAGGUAUUGUGUUUAAAUCUAGCAAACGAAUCACAUCAAAAUUAGCUCAGUCCGUCCAGGCUUUAACAAGCGCACUUAAGGGAGUUCCGCUGCUAAAUAAAAAUGAACAGAUUUCCAUGAAAGAUUUGUAGAGAAGUUCAAAUUAGUGAUAUAAAUUGACUGUCAAAAUUUCAGAAAGCUAAACUAGCUAGUUAUUUAGAUAUUAAAUAUUUUAUUAACAUAGGCUGUUAUGAGAAUCGAUGAAUUUUCAGGAUUUUUCAGUUUUAUUGUUAUAUUAAACGUGGAAGUAAUGAACAGAUGUUAGUAAAAUUUUACAACGAUACAUCUUAGCUGUCCAGAAAAGUACUGUUAAAUUUUUGAAACAAUGCACUUGUUCGUUUGAGUCAAUUGAUAAGAUAAAAAGUUUACAAUAAUCGAAGUAAUACAGCACGUAGGUAUGGUAAAUGUGUGCUAGUGAUAUAACAUGAAUUUCAAAUUGUAUUUACUUAUCUAAGGGUUAGGUAUAAUAGUGAGGAAUGUUUAUUCUCAAUUAAAAAAAAAAAUUAUUUCAGUAAUGGAGGUAGUAUACUUUAUAGCCAAAUUUUUUCUUAUAUUCACCAUUAUUAACUUUAGACUAUAUACAGCAAAAAAAGAAGGCAACAAACUGGUCAUUUGAAUAUUUUUCUUUACUUGAACCCUUGUGCCACUUGUUGUGUCGGACCUGAGCAGAGGAACUUCCUUAAGUUUUAUAACAGCAUCACCGACAGUAAUUUAAUCAUGAUUAACGUUCCCAUGAUUUCCUUCUUGAUAUUUUAUAAGUGAACUAAACAGAUGUUAUAACCAUGAAAAAAAUAUAGUAUGCUUCUUAUUUAUAAAAUACACUCUUCUCACUAAUUUUGAAUGGUACUAUCCAUUGAACACAUCGAAUGAUUUUAGUAUUUGCAAAAAAAAUAUGACAAAAAUACAUUUGUAAUAACUAAGAAAAAGAAAUAAAAUAAAAUCGGCAAAAAUUGACAUCAAAGAAUGUAAAUGGAACGUAUCACAUAUUAAAUCACAUACUAGUCACACACUAGUAUACAUACUAGUGAAAGUUUCAGGAACCAAAGAAAGAUCUGUAUUAAAACUAGAUAAUCGGACACAGCAAAGUAUCAAAACGAUAAAUCGAACCAAGCAUAUUUCAGAAAGUGAACGAUAACAAUGGUUGGGUUUAGAUACAUUUAUGUAUACAUAUACAUAUAAAAUAAUAGGAGAUUUUAAAAACUGUACACGUUAUCACUAUUAUCGUGUAUCAUAAAGACGAAUCACUGACAGAGAUACUGAGAAAUUAAAAAAUUCUGCGUGAAGCAUAUAUAAUACUGUGUGCCUUCCUAGUUUUUAGAUUGCUAAACGAAUGGUGUAGACAACGGAACUUAUUGUUUUACAAUAGUUGAUCGUUUUUCUGACCAAACUCUUUUUCUUCCUUUGUUUGGAAUAUAAUAAAACGAUAAGAAGCAACUUACUUUAUAAGACAAUGUUAUUCUACAGAAAAUCGAAUAUCUAAUACAGACACAAUAUCAAUAAAUUAAUAAACGAUAUCAAUAUAAAUCAUUUCCCAUAAUGAGAAACAUACUUUAUAUUGUACGUAUACAUACAUUGUUAUAUUUAAUUGUAACGAACACUAGAUUAUAAAAAAAUGGAAGGCUAAUUAUACAAAUGCACAAAUUAAUAAUUUGUUAUUUUUAAUUCACAGAAUUUAGAAAUGACAUGUGACUUGGUGUGAAUGAUGUAGUCGCCGAAUUUCGACUCUCUCGUGUAUGCCUCUGUUUUUAUAAGAGAUUAAUUGGAAAGUUAAAGGGUAUGAGUGUAAACGGAGUAUGAAAGGAGUAUGUAGUGAGAGAGUAGUACACUCGUUUCAAGGAUCCAGUUCAUUCACAAUAUUUACAUGUAUUCCAAGAGAAUAUCAAUGCAGUUAACUAUGUACACACAAUCAAUCGAUUUUUUAUGAUUAACAGUGUCAUAUAAAAAAAAUUUGCAGACUAGAGAUCUUACUUUCAAUCCAUAUCGCUGUCCAUGUCUUCAGGAGCUGAAGAAUCUUCUUCUUCUACAUUCUUCUUGUCCCAGUCUUUCAACUUAGCUCCCAUGAUAAAGUCAUCUCGAAGAACAUUCCACAUUUUGUGAUCCUUAAAAUAUGUUUCUAUUAUACACAAUUGUAUAUUGCAAUGUAAAACAAAAUAUGUACCAAUAUCAAUAAACACAAUUAUAUAUGGCCUUGA